AUGGCACAACUCGAUGUGGACAGUUUGAUGUCCCGUUUGCUAAACGUGGGCAUGGCAGGCGGGAGACUGACGACAUCGGUCUCAGAACAAGAACUACAACAAUGCUGCUUCGUCGCAAGACAAGUAUUUAUUUCUCAAUCGUCCUUGAUCGAAUGUGACCCCCCGCUUGUAGUAUGUGGGGAUAUUCACGGACAGUACUCGGAUCUUCUACGCAUUUUCGACAAAAACGGCUUUCCACCUGAGACAAACUACCUUUUUCUCGGUGACUACGUCGACAGAGGACGUCAGAACAUUGAAACCAUAUGCCUCAUGUUCUGCUACAGGAUUAAAUAUUCUGAGAGUUUCUUUAUGCUUCGCGGAAAUCAUGAAUGUCCAGCCAUCAAUCGUGUGUACGGCUUCUACGAAGAAUGUAAUCGGAGAUACAAAAGUUCUCGUCUCUGGAGCUCUUUUCAAGAUACAUUCAAUUGGAUGCCUUUGUGCGGUUUUAUUGCUGGGAGAAUUUUGUGCAUGCAUGGCGGAUUAUCACCUCAACUAACCAACAUAGAUCAACUGCGGAAUCUCCCUCGUCCCCAGGAUCCACCCAACCCCUCGAUGGGGAUCGAUCUUCUUUGGGCCGAUCCUGAUCAGUGGGUGAAAGGAUGGCAGGCAAACACUCGAGGAGUAUCUUACGUUUUUGGACAAGAUGUGGUGAUAGAAAUGUGCCAGAAACUGAACAUCGAUUUGAUUGCAAGAGCACACCAGGUAGUGCAGGAUGGGUACGAAUUCUUUGCCUCAAAGAAGAUGGUAACGAUUUUCUCUGCCCCUCACUACUGUGGACAAUUCGAUAACUUUGCGGCUACGAUGAAGGUUAACGAGGAUUUAGUUUGCAACUUCGCCAUGUAUAAGCCAACAUCUAAAGCUCUCAGAAUGGCUGCCGCUGGUGGUGGUGGAACAAGCUAA